UCCCUUUAAUCUCUCUUGAUCUUCAGAUUUGCUUCUUAGUAUAUGUGUUUCCUCUAGCUUGCGAAGUCUAAAGGGAAAAAGAAAAUUAGGACAGACUUAUUCCAUCCCCUUCUUCAUAACAAAGAAAUGUAUCAAACUGCCCCUGUGAAGGAGGAGUUGAGUGAACUUUCCUAAUAGUUGCAAGUUGCAACACAAAGAUCCAGAUGGGACCUAAAUCAAACAUACCUAAUCAUAAUUCCUUUCAGAAUUAACAAACACAAGAUUGCCAAAAGAGGUUCUAUUUCAGAUGAAAAAGGAAGUAGAAAAGAGAUGGUAUCCUUUAUACCAAAUGAAUUCUUUGGAAAUCCCUGUUUGACACUGUUAUGAAUCAGCCCCAAUCCAAUAUUGGGUUGAGAAGAGCUAUUAGGCCGAGAAGAAGCCAAAGGGCCAGAAGGCCUUCAAAAAAGGUUAAUUUGGGAUCCAGACCCAUAAAGUACAAUUAAGAGCUGUUAAAAAGGACUAGCUGCUAGCAAGAAAAAAUUAUGCGAAUUGUUAUAUGGAAAACUCUCCUCUCAUAGUCUCUCUCUUCCUCGUCUAUUUCUCUCCUUGGCUCUGUCUCCUCACCUCCUUUCUUUCUAUUGUUAUUUCCUUAGUUGAUGACUAUAUCCUUUGCAUUUCAAUUGUAAUCAGUUUAUUUGGAAGUUUAAUCAAGGUAUCGUUUUUGUUGAGUUCAUAACAUUGGUGCUUUCAUUGAUUUGGACUCCAAUCCUCCAUGGCUCUCUACUCUUCUACUAUUAUCAAUUAUCAUCUCGACGCCAUCCAGGGACUGAUGAUGGAUAAUAACACUCAUAUGCUCAAUCUACUCGACAACAUAGAGAACAAGUUGUCUGCCUCUUCCAAGACGAUCCCUGAAGCUCCCAAGCAUAUAGAUAUGGCUGUGUGUUUGGACGAUAAGAGCGAAUCAGAGGAGUUCUCAGGAGCAGAGAUUGAUUCUGAUUUGGAUAAAGGACGGUCCAGCCCUGCGAAUAAUUUUGAAUUUCUUAUUGAGAUGGUGGAAACUGAAAGUGAUGAUGGGGAAAAUUUAAAAGGCUAUGACUACAAGGUAUUCGCUGAAAUACCCAACAAGAAAACUGACGUAAAAGUCGAAGAUUCAUUGAAGACUUAUUUAGUAAAGCCUGAAACACAAGUGUUCGACGAAAUGUUUCAAAUAACUUCCCCAAUUAAGUGGUAUUUCCGCGACCAUAUCAUGUUUGAUAAUCCACUAGCACUGCCUUGUAUGCUUUCAGUUUGCGGUCACAAUCUACUUAUCAGCAGAGGUACAUUUGAUUACUUAAGUGACCUUGGUCAUGUUAUACUUAUAUUAUCCUUGCAUCGAUGUCCACCUAAUCAAUUUGAAUUAUACUUUCCAUUUGAUCCUGGUUCUAGUUUGUUUAUUACAUUCCUUGGAACUACAAGAAAGGAUAUAUGUUGCGGUGCUUUGAGUAAUUUGACCCAUGCUAAGUUUAUGACAUUAACCAUGUGUAAUUUUUUCAUUGCACCCUUGGGACUUCACACUCAGUCCAGUUAG